CUGCUAAUAUUUGACAGAAAAUUCAUCAAAAGAAAGAAACUUUAUAAAUCCAAUAAGAAGAAGAAGAAGAAGAAGGAAGAAAGAGUAGUGACAAUGGCUACUCAGGCUUUGGUCUCUUCAUCCUCCCUCACCUCCUCAGCUGAGGCUGCCCGACAGAUUCUUGGAGCUGCCCGACCCACCCUUUCCUCUUCCAAGAAAGUCUCUUUCAUCGUCCGGGCAACAUCAACUCCCCCGGUCAAGCAAGGAGCAAACAGACAACUAUGGUUUGCUUCAAAACAAUCUCUAACAUACUUGGACGGCAGCUUACCAGGUGAUUUUGGAUUCGACCCACUUGGUCUAUCAGACCCAGAAGGAACAGGAGGAUUCAUCGAGCCAAAAUGGUUAGCCUAUGGAGAAAUCAUCAACGGACGUUUCGCCAUGUUGGGAGCCGCCGGAGCAAUAGCACCGGAAGUAUUCGGGAAACUAGGACUGAUUCCGGCGGAAACUGCCCUGCCAUGGUUCCAAACCGGUGUGAUCCCACCGGCCGGAACUUACAACUAUUGGGCAGAUAAUUAUACUCUGUUUGUGUUGGAAAUGGCUCUUAUGGGAUUUGCAGAACACAGAAGGUUUCAAGAUUGGUAUACCCCUGGAUCGAUGAGUAAGCAAUACUUUUUAGGGUUUGAGAAAUACUUGGGUGGGUCAGGUGAACCGGCGUAUCCGGGUGGGCCUAUUUUUAACCCGCUUGGAUUUGGGAAAGAUGAGAAAUCUUUGAAGGAUUUGAAGUUAAAGGAGGUGAAGAAUGGGAGAUUGGCUAUGUUGGCUAUUUUGGGUUAUUUUGUGCAGGGAUUGGUUACUGGAGUUGGACCUUUCCAGAACCUUCUAGAUCAUUUGGCUGAUCCGGUCAACAACAAUGUAUUGACCAGUCUCAAGUUUCACUAGAACUUUCUAUUACAAAUUUCUAUGUUUAUUUCUCUUUCUCUCUCCCGUUCUUUGUUUCUAUGUAAUGUAUGAAUGAUGAUGAUAUUGUGCAGAGUUAAUUUGAUAAAUACUAAGUUAUGAAUUAUGAA